CAAAGUUAGAAAUUUACGAUUUUUGUCGGCUCUAAUGGAGCCGCAGAAAUGAACUCCUAUCACGUUUUGUCGCCGGUGGGAGAGGGCUCAUUUGGACGGGUUUACAAGGGAAGAAGAAAGGGUACCGGUAUGGUGGUGGCUCUAAAGGUCAUGCCAAAGCUGGGUCGCUCUCAAAAUGACCUUCAAAUGCUAAAAAAAGAAACUGAAAUAAUGAGAGACCUUCGGCAUCCCAAUAUUGUCCAGCUCUUUGACAGUUUUGAGACAGAAACAGAGCUUGUGAUUGUCACUGAGUACGCAGAGGGCCAGUUGUCCCAGAUCCUUGAGGAUGAUGGAAACUUACCAGAGAGCCAGGUCCGUGAGAUUGCCUGCCAGCUGGUCUCUGCUCUGUACUAUUUACAUUCCUAUCGCAUUCUUCACCGUGACAUGAAACCCGAAAACAUCCUGCUAGAAAAAAGCGGUGUGGUGAAGCUCUGCGACUUUGGGUUGGCCAGAGCGAUGAGCGUCUCCACCUUAGUGCUGACUUCUAUCAAGGGAACGCCGCUGUACAUGUCCCCUGAGCUGGUGGAGGGGAAACCAUAUGACCACACUGCUGAUCUCUGGUCUUUGGGAUGCAUCCUUUAUGAACUCCACACGGGGGCGCCUCCGUUCUACACCAACUCCAUCUUCAAGCUAGUGCAGCUCGUUGUGAAAGCCCAAGUGAAAUGGCCAGACACCAUGAGCAGCACUUGCACGAGCUUCCUGAAAGGCUUGUUGACCAAAGACCCCCAGAAACGGUUGUCAUGGCCUGACCUCUUGCACCAUCCCUUUGUUGCUGAUGGUGUUCUAGUGUUGCCACACACAAAUGUGUCCGGCCCUUUGACGGUAAAACCCAGCCCUGACGUGCUGGCGUUGAAACUCCAGCAAGUGGCAGAGAAGACUGUACCGGCUUCUGGAGAAAGCAGAUUGUUGCAAAAGGUCAGGGAACAAACAGACAACUGCAGUAAGAGGAAACCACCAGGAAGUGACAGUGCCAAAAAAAAUAAGGAUGAAAGGAAAAAUGGUGCGAUGGCAGCAGCAAUGUCCCGUAGAGUGCACAACCCCAAGCCCUCCCGUGGCGACGUGUCUGUUACCUCUGGUCAGCUGGAUCGAAGAAAACACAGGUCUAAAGAGAUCAGGCCACGACUUGUACAGAGAUGCAGUAAGAAAAGCCAGGCCACACUGCGACUGCAGGAUGUAAACAACAAGGAAUACUGGGAGAAUCUGGCCCAACUAUCAGAUCCCAGCAGACAAAAGAGAGAGAUAUUAGAUUACAGUGUCGUUAUACCUCAGAUUAAAUCCAAGAUCCAGGCAUUUAAAGCUCAGCUAAAAGGGGGCAUGGUAAAAGAAGUUAAGCAGAUUCAGCAACCAAUGAGGGUCCUACAUAAUCUGCUUGUGAUUGCUGAGGUUGAGAAGUUGAACCACGUUGGCCUUGAACUUGGACUACCCCGUGUCCUCUUUGGCCUGAUCCAGGAUACUGUAGACAGCUCAGAUUUCAUUAAGCACCAGCAGAGUAUCCCCGUCCUGCAAGAAAUGAUCACAGUGAUCCUGAUCUACUGGGAGAAGAACUGUGCCUGGGUGAGACAAGAACAAAGCUUGGAAGAGUUCACCAAGUCCUUCAAAACAAUUCUUAGUCAACCAAGUCUCAGUCGUCUGGUCCCUCUGGCUGCUUGUGUUUUGUCUCUCUUCACACAACACAAUGUUGAUGUCGAAGUUGAUGUGGAGCAUCUAACAUCCUUGCUGAAAACUCUGGUCUUGGACCCAUGUGAGCCCCACAUUUCUCCACCCUCUGGUUGGGGACUCUGUGAUGGCCUGCUGUCUUUGUUCCUAGAUGCACUUAAUGAGCAUGAGAAUGGCCCUUUGCCCUCGGGUUUAAAUCCAGCUUUCUUUCUGAAUCUGUGGAAAAAGAUCGGUACUUGCCUUGAAGGUGCAACAUCAGACUCUGACUUCUGUUCAGCAAAUGGGCUGUAUUCCUUUCUCUCUGCUUUGCUGUUUGCCUUCUGCAAGGAUGCAUAUUUGUGCAUUCCUCUGUUUUGUGAUGAUGGAUCAGAAUGUGUGUACGCUCUUGGUCGCCUGCUGGGCACCGACUGUCUUAAUUUGUUUGCCAAGGGCAAUCCUGGGAGACCCAGGUUGGAUCUGAGUCACAACACUUUAUCCACACUGAGCUGCCACUUGUUAUGUUUUCCAUUCGCCCUGGACCUGCCUCCACACACCAUGUCCACAGUUCUCCAGUUGUAUGACAGCUGUGGUAUUGUUACAAGCCUCCUGCAGGUAAUUCAAACCAUUCCUCUUCAGCUACUGGAGCUGCCUCUCUCCCUUCUGAGCCGCUUGCUCCUGUGUGAUCCCCACCGCUUGAUUGACCACCUCACAAAAGCAGCUUCUUCCUUUUUCUCGCCAUCCUGGGAUGACCAGCUCCCUGCCUCCAGCCAUCAGAGUCCUCCAACCAGGACUGCCAGCUCUCUGCUCCUCGAACUUCUGCAUCUGGAAAUUCUGUGGGAAGCUGCUGUGGAGCUCCUCACUCUAUUGUCUCAGAUAGCCCGUUGUCCCUCCUGCCCCCUGCAACUUUAUGUAGAAACCUCAGUGCUGCAGCAUGCACUGACUCACUCCUAUGAGCAGAUCAGGGCUGCCACGUGUAGAUUUUUAGGAAAUUUGGAUCCAUUCAGGCCUCUAACACAAUGUGCCCUCCAACCUGACAUUUUCAAAGCCAUGAUAAACUGUCUUAAUGAUUCCUGCGUGCCUGUCCGGCAGGUGGCUUGCAGGGCGGUUGGGAACUGGUUGGGCUAUAUUGCAGCUGGUCUACAUAUGGACACACCCAGUGAGAAGGGGAUAUAUAGAGAGAGUUGGUGCAUAGAAAACCAACAAAAUAAACAGAGGUACUCAGAUACUGAGGCAGCAAGUGAUCUGGAAACAAUAAGAGAGCAGAGAAUAGAGGAGGAGGUGGAGAGGAGGUGGACACAUGAAGCCAGGAGGACCGUGGCAAUGCUGGUAUCUCUAAUCUGUGAUCCUGAUGCCCUCAUACGUCGUCACUGCUGCGCUGCCCUGGGAAACCUGCUAAAUGUUGAUGGAGCCGUAUCCUUGUUACUGGAGGAAAAUGUGCCCGGCUUACUUCUAAGAACUGCAUGCACAGAUUCCCAUAGUGCAGUGAGAAAAGCUGCCAUAGGAUCUUUAUACCUGUACAGCCAGCAGGAUGCCAUGCAUCAGGUCCUGAUGUCUCUUGAUGCCAGUAAGAAGCUUGUUCAGGCUUCACACCAUGCUCCUCCACAGUGUGACUAUCAGCGGCUCAUUGGACAGCUGACUCCACCAGAAGAGUCAGCAGCUUAAAAACCUGCUCCCUGUUUAACUUUACAAUAACAUAUUUGUCUGAACCCAUGUGUUAGUGAA